CGCGAGAAUACCCAGAUAAAAUUCGUCACUUUCAAGAAGCAUGGUAUUCACAAUUUGAUUGGUUGGAGUAUUCUCCUACAACACAUAAAGCAUAUUGUUUCCCAUGUUUUUUGUUUAGAGACAAGAUGAAUGGGAAUCAAACUUCUGCACUUGUGCAAGAUGGAUUUGAUAAUUGGAAGAGGGUUACUGGUAAGAAAUGUGUGUUCCUUGUUCAUGUUGGUUCAUCAGCAUCUUCAAGCCAUAAUAAAUGUGUUACAGCGGCUGAUGCCUUGAUGAAACCCUCCGGUCAUAUUGAUAAAGUGAUGCACAGAAUUGGUGGAGAAGAAGUUCUAAAGCAUCGAUUGCGGUUGAAAACAACAAUUAUGGUUGUCAAACAGUUGGCUUUACAAGGAAGUUCUUUUAGAGGACAUGAUGAAUCUGAUGAUUCUUUGAAUCCGGGGAAUGUUCUAGCUUGGAUUGGUUUUGCAGCGAAGUUGAAUGAUCAAAUCAAUAGUGUAGUUCUUCGUAACGCACCAGGAAAUGCGAAAUACACUUCACCAAGCAUUCAGAAGGAGAUAUUGGGAAUCAUAGCAAAUAGAGUGCGUUGUAAGAUACGCGAGGAGAUUGGAGAUUCUUGUUUCUCUAUUCUUGUUGAUGAAGCAGUUGAUGAAGCAGGAAGGGAACAAAUGUCUGUUAUUUUGAGGUAUGUCAGUUCUUAUGGUAUAGUAACUGAACGCUUUUUUGCUCUCAAGAGUGUAGCUGAUACUUCUGCAGAAACACUAAAACAAGCUAUUUGUGGCGUUCUCUCUCAGUAUGACCUUCAAAUUGAAAAAUUGAGAGGUCAAGGAUAUGAUGGUGCUAGUAAUAUGUCAGGACAGUUUAAUGGAGUCAAGGCAUUAUUUCUUAGAGAUUGCCCAUAUGCCUAUUUUGUUCACUGUUUUGCUCACAGAUUACAGUUGGCAUUGAUUACUUCUGCAAAGGUAUGUGAUCCUAUAUGGGAUUUCUUUUCCAUAUUGGAUUGUAUCAUAAAUGUUGUGAAGGCUUCUCCUAAACGGAUCAGGGAGUUGCAAGCAAUUCACAAAAAAGAUCUUGAUGGUAUGUUGGAUGCUGGAGAAAUUCAAUCUGGACAAGGAGCUAAUCAAAUGACAUCCUUAAAGCGUUCAGGGCCAACUCGUUGGGGAUCUCAUUAUCAUUCCAUAUUGAGCAUUAUAAACAUGUUCAAUGCAACAUGUGUAGUUCUAGAGGAUCUUUGCCGUUCUAAAGAAGGAGAACAACGAGCUCAAGCCAGAGGUGCUUCAAAAAAUAUCAAGACUUUUGAGUUUGUGUUCAAUCUUCACUUGAUGAAAGGGAUUAUGGAUAUCACGGAUUUUCUUUGUCAAGCAUUUCAACAAGAAUCUGUUGACAUUGUAGCUGCAGUUGGAUUUGUUUCCAUGGCAAAACUUAAACUUCAAAAGCUACGGGAUGAAGGAUGGGACAAGCUACUCAUAGAGGUAAAAUCUUUUUGCUCAAAACAUGCCAUAGAGGUGCCUAAUAUGAAUGCUACACAUGGACGUGGUGAGAAGCAAACAACUCUUGAGCACCGUUACCAUUUUGAAUACUUUAAUCAAUGCAUAGAUUUUCAGUUGGGAACAUUGAAUUCAAGAUUCAAUGAGUCAUCAGUCAGAUUGCUUCAGUUGAGUGGUGCACUAGACCCUAAAAGUUCUUUCCAGUCUUUUGAUGAAGAAAAUAUUUACAGACUUGCUGAAGAGUUUUAUCCUCAAGACUUUGAAGGCAAUGAGAUGUAUUGUUUGAAGAAUGAGCUAGGAUAUUAUGCCGAUCAUGUGGUUCAUUGUCAGGAAUAUGAUGUUUCUUCCCUUGCAAAAUUACUAGAGAAGCUGGUGGAAACAGGGAUGGACGCACGGUACAGAUUGAUUUGUCGGUUGAUUCGUCUAGUGUUAACAUUGCCUGUUUCAACGGCUACUACAGAGAGAUCCUUUUCAGCAAUGAAACAUGUGAAGACUGAUUUGCGCAACAAGAUGGGCGAUGAAUUUCUUGCUGAUUGCUUAACUAUUUUCUUUGAGAGAGAGUAUGUUAUUGGUAUGGAUGAAGACUCAAUUAUUGACGAAUUUGCUAAAUUAAAAGACCGUCGUGUACAAUUGACAUUGUAAUGCAAACUAUAAUUUUUUUUUGCUUACGGUAUCUAAUUUUAUGUUCGAAUCCGGCCCAGUGCACUUUUAUAUCCUGGAUCCGCCGCUGGGGAGAAUAUGUGUGUGUUUUUCAGUCUUGGUGUCUUGGGGACCACAACCUCUAGGUUCUUUAUAUACUAUAUUUUUAGCUAGGGUUCCCAUAAAAUCCUAAUUAGGUUUAGUAUCUGGUUUCCACUCAUUGGGCCCAUAUAAGAUAUUGAGUAGUCUUGGGCUCCAUAAUUUGACCACUUAUAAUUAGCCCACUUUAACAAAUAACUAAUACAAUUAUCCAUAAACCACAGCCCACAUAACGUGGAACAUAUAUUUCCAACAUGGGCAAGAAUCUCUGCUACACACUCUAGGCUCAAGAGAACCACAGACUAUCAUUUUGCAGAUUAAGUGUGUUGUUGAAGUAGUACGUAGUAGGAAGUUAUAAAGCAAAGCUAAUAAUCUGGAAUUCAUAAGCAUCCAUUUCCACUCAUCUCUUGGCUGUAGCUGCUUCUAUAAAUUUUAACUGAGUUAUAAGUUUCACCUUUAUAAAAAUUCAUCUGCGAUAUGAUAAUUAGUUUAUCUUCAUUAUUUCUAUACUAACUAAUAUUAUAUUGUCCAAUUUUUAACUGAUUUAUUCAUUUCUUUAAUUUUCUUACGGUUUGCUGACAAUUUGGCUUGGAUUCUUCAUAGUACUCCAUACUAAGUUUUAAGUUCUGAAUGGGAAUUUUUUUUCUAAUGCGCCCAACUAUCACUAAUUAAAGAAUUGUAUACUUGUGAUAGGCUAGUGAUUUCUUAUGCUUUCCAUAUGAUUUGAAUUUCUCUACCCUUCAAAGUUAAUUAACUAUCCAAGGUUAAUUUUUAUGUCGAAGCCUAUGGUAUGAAGUUUGCUUCUUAAUUUAAGACUUUUCCCUAUGAAUUUCAUGAAUAGGGAUCAAAUCAAAGAAAAAUUAAGAUCAAAUAGUAAAUUAAUUUGUGAAGCAAGAGCGCAAGAGAACAUAUUUUAGAAGAAAUCAAAUUAAGUACACGAAUAUAACUACUAAUCAUUAUAUUAUUUUGGGCAAUGUCUAUUUUUUACCCAAACCUUUUUCAGAUUCUUUUAUUUUAACCAAACCUAUAGAAAUUCUAUUUAUUAUCCAAACGUAUUAUAAUUUAUCAAAGUCUGGGCAUUCAUUCUGUUACCGUUACUUAUUUCGUCCACGUGAGGAGUGGGAUUUUGUUUUUUUUUUAAUAAUCUUUUUAUUAAAAAUAGUAAAUGAUGGUAUUCUGACCCCCACGUAGGAAGUCAACUCAUUAUGGUCAUACUUAGUCAGCAUUACUAACAGAAAAUUUGACGGAGAGUUAACGUUUGGAUAAUUUUUAGGAAUUCAAUAGGUUUGGUUAAAAUAAAAGAAUCCGAAAAAGGUUUGGGGUAAAAAAUAGACAUUGCCCUAUUAUUUUAAUUAAAUCAAUACGAAGACAAUAUUAUAGAAAUAUAGUAUUGUUUUGUUGGCCGCUAUUCAAUAGAAUUAGUAUACAUAUAUAUUUCGUAAAUUAAAAGUCGAGGACCAAAAUUUAUAGAUAGUUUAUAUUAUCUUAUAUCCACUCAUAAUGAACCUUGGUCAAUAUU